UGUGAACAGACUCAGUUUGAACGUCGACCGUUCGAAUACAGUAUUAUUUAAGUACGCGGAGUCGAGUGCGUUUUUUUGUGAUUUUUUUUUCCACAUUGAACAAUUGAAAACAUUUUUUUUUUAUUGACUUGGGCAAAUCUAGCAGUGCGAUUAUUUUUUUUUAAUAAUAAUUACGAAAACAGCUUGUUGGAUUUUACCCGAUGGAUGCCACUUGCAGCUGCGAUUGAUUGUUUUUGAAGUCUACGCCAUAAAAAUGAUUACAUUUCCGUCAAAUAUGUUGCCAACGACCAUCGUGUUAUUUUUGUUGGCCAGUGGGUUGUGUCUGCCGACACGUCCAAGAAAUUUUAUCCUAGAAGACGCAAAUACCGUCUUGCCUGCUGUCGAGGGGGAGCGGUUGUAUGUGAAAUGCGAAGCCCCCGAGUCUGUAAAAAUCAUCAAAGUCCAAUGGGUGAAAGACUCGGACGACGAAACAUUUACGGACUCGCCAAACAGAAUCACCAAAAAGUCGCAAUGGUUACGUUUCAAAAACGUGAAAUUUGCCGACGAAGGCCAAUAUUCUUGUUUGAUAGACGGUUCUACCGAGAAUGGAGAAGAUUAUACAAAGUGGCACAAUUUCACAUUGACCGUGUCGAAAAGAGGAGCUGGUUCGGCAAGCGCUGGAAAACAACCGAAGCCCCUUCAAAGUCUUUCGCAUCGAAAAGAUGGUGCUAAACCGAAAUUCGCCAUUUUCAAACCUUACAUGGACAACAAUAUAACGUUGUUGGCGGGCGACACUCGUGUCAUAAGUUGUCCUUUUGAAAGCACUUCUCCGGUCGAGUUUACUUGGUACAAAAACGGCGAGGUGUUAACCGAAGGGGACGUGGACGUUGCUAAUUACACCUUAAAUCAGGUAAACAUGUCGGACGCGGGAAAUUACACGUGUGUUGUGAAAAACGAUUACGGUUCGAUUCAACACAAGUUUAACAUUGAAAUAUACAAAGACAAGAGUAAAAUUCCCAUUUUAGCAGAGUACCCGCAAAACAUAACUCUGAAACUAGGCGAUACCGCGUGGUUCGCUUGUAAAACGUCUAGUGGUCAUUCUUCAAAAAUCGAUUGGUACUUUUUGAAUAACACAAGUCCCCAGGAAAUCGAAAUCGAAGAUCUCCAUCGCAAGAUAAAGGUAAAUGUCGCGAUACAGUCGAUAAACCAUAAACUAUAUUUCCGUUGUGUGCAGGCAAAAUCGUCCAACGGCGUGUUGAUCCUCGAAGAUGUAACCGAGGAAGACAUAGGAUGGUACGCAUGCUGUACGAACGGACCUAAACCUCGAGUGCUGUCCGGGGCUAGGCUAGACAUAGCCAAAGGUACGUACGUUGCCGAACCGGAUGCAGCAGCGGCGGAAGCAGAAGAUGGAGAUUCUAUGGACGGUUCAAAGAAAGCAGGAUUUUACAACGGCACCGAAAAAUCAUUGGCUCCUCCGAAAUUCACUAAAUUCGAAAACAUGCGCAGGAUCGUGGCAAAGCCGGCCGGCAACAUGUUGAAACUGAAAUGCGUGGCCGAAGGCAAUCCUUCGCCCAUCGUCACUUGGUACAAAGACGGCAUCACUCCACCGCAACGCAGUCUGGGUGUGGCUAGGUACACUCGGUGGUCGAUCGUGCUGGAAGAUUUAAUGACAACGGAUUCAGGAAAUUACUCGUGUAAGGUGUGCAACGAAAUGGGGUGCAUCGAUUUCACAUACAACGUAGAAGUUGUCGAACGAUUCCCGCAUAAGCCCUACAUUGUAGAAGGGCAACUGCACAAUACCACCGCGUUGGUUUUUACCAGCGUAACGUUUAAUUGUACAUUGUUCGCCGAUCUCGAAGCAUACAUGCAAUGGUUCUAUCAUAACGCGACCGUGGGAAGUAUACACGAUGGAAAUUUGUAUAACGGCACCGUCAUACAGAACGUAGAAUAUCCGGAAAUUUUGGAACUGACUAACGUUACACAUUCAAACGAAGGAUGGUACACUUGUGUAGCGGGAAAUAGCCUGGGCAUGAGCUACGCCAGUGCUUAUCUUAAAGUGGUAGACGAAUUAGAAGAACCCGUCAAAGUGCAAGCUUUACAACUGUACACCUAUCAUAUAGCAUCGUUGGGAGUUGGGUUCGUGUUCGUUAUUUCAGUGUGCAUUGCUUUGCUGGUGUGCAGUCAGAGGAAGAGAGAAAAACUCAAAGAACUGGUGGCCAGGGAAUCGGCGAGAAACGCCAUGAUCACUCAAUGGACUAAGAAGAUUAUUAUUGAAAAGCAGCAAAUGGCCGACGCGAGUGAUCCAUUGUUGAUGCCGGUAGUCAAGAUUGAAAAACAAAAAAGCAAGUACACAAAGCUGCAGGACCAGACGUGCUUGUCGGAGUACGAGUUGCCUUUAGACCCGUGUUGGGAGUUUUCUAGAGAUUAUCUCAUGCUUGGCAAAACUCUGGGAGAGGGUGCAUUUGGAAAAGUAUUGCGAGGCGAAGCCGACGGAAUUCUAUGUGAACAUGUCACGACUACAGUGGCGGUAAAAAUGUUGAAAGACGGACAUACCGACACGGAAAUGAUGGACUUGGUGUCCGAAAUGGAAAUGAUGAAGAUGAUUGGCAAACACGUUAACAUUAUAAAUUUGCUCGGUUGUUGCACACAAGACGGCCCGCUGUACGUACUAGUGGAAUUCGCUCUGCACGGUAAUUUGAGAGAUUUCUUGAGACAGCAUAGGCCGUCGUCCGGCUACGAACCGGCCAUCGGAUCCAACUUGAAAGACACGUUAACGCAAAAAGACCUAGUGUCUUUCGCGUAUCAAGUGGCCAGGGGAAUGGAAUAUUUGGCAUCCAGAAAGUGUAUACACAGAGAUUUAGCGGCGAGGAAUGUGUUGGUCAGCGAAGAUUAUGUAAUGAAAAUCGCCGACUUCGGUCUAGCCAGAGACGUGCAGAACCAAGAAUACUACAGGAAGACCACGGACGGUAGGCUUCCCGUCAAAUGGAUGGCCCCCGAGGCUUUGUUCCACAGGGUGUACACUACACAAUCUGACGUAUGGUCGUACGGAGUGUUGUUAUGGGAAAUCAUGACACUGGGAGGUACGCCCUAUCCUUCGGUGCCCAACAUGGAGCAGCUCUUCAAUCUAUUGCAGAGCGGACACCGCAUGGAGAAACCGUCUUGUUGCUCCUUAGAAAUAUACAUGAUAAUGCGAGACUGUUGGAGCUAUCAUCCCAACGAGCGGCCAAUGUUCGACGAACUGGUAGAGAGCCUGGACCAAAUUCUUUCGGUAACGGCCAACCAAGAGUACGUGGACUUUGGUUUGCCCCAGCUGGACACGCCACCCACUAGUCAAGAGUCCUUCGACGAAGAGGCUUUGAUGAACUUUGCAGUGUGAUCGAUCACAAUGUGUAUAGAUCCGCUAUCAUUACUUAAUUAUGUCGGGGACUAUUGGCAGUUAGUUUGAUUUUUGUGUAUUGACUGAAGUUCGAGGCGUUGUCGAACAGCCGUAUCAGUAUUUAAUAUUUAUCAAAAAAAAAAAAAAAAUGGUGUCUAACAUAAUAUUGCUUCUAGUUGUUUGUACAAUGUACGUUUUUGUUUUUUUAUAUGAUCAAAUUAUGUUAUGUAUUGUUUAAGUGAAACGCGGGUCAUUAUUUCCUGGGAAAUAAUAGACGAAUUAUUUUUGUUAAAGAUAUGAGACUGAAAAAUUAUCGUUUUAUGUAUUAUUAUAUAAUAUAUAUUAUUAUUAUUAUUACGCACCUAUCAAAUUUUAAUAAUGCAAUAAUAAUAAUGUAUAUAUUAUCUCAACAAUUAUUAU